AUGGAUGAUGCAUAUGUAGCUCAAUGGAGAUCACAUCGGAGAGCUCCUAUAAUAACGCAUCUCCAUCAUUAUCGUGUGGACAUCUUCAUUCAAAUCAUUGAGUGGCAACUUGCGGAAUUAAAUCAUCGCUUCAGUGAGGUAAAUACUGAGUUACUUCUUUGUUUGACAUGUUUGAGUCCGGAUGAUUCCUUCAUAGCUUUUAACAAACAAAAGCUACUUCGUUUUGCUGAAUUUUAUCCUCAAGAUUUUACUUCCCGAGAUCUCUUGGCACUUGAAGAUCAACUUGAGAUUUAUAUUAAUCAUAUGCGUACGAUGAUCGAUUUUUCUCAAUUGAAAGGGAUUGGUAGCCUUGCAAGAAAAUUGGUGGAGAAAGGGUUGCAUAGAACAUAUAAUUAUGUUUAUUUGCUUCUCACAUUAGCCUUAACUUUACCGGUUGCAACUGCUUCUGUGGAGAGAGCAUUUUCUGCUAUGAAUAUUGUGAAAGGUCCACUUCGCAACCGAAUGGGAGAUCAAUGGUUGAGUGAUAGUUUGCUUGUUUAUAUUGAGAAAGAUGUAUUUGCUUGUAUUGAUAAUGAAACUAUAAUGCUACGUUUUCAGAAUAUGAAAACUCGUCGUGGACAAUUGUAA